GACUUCGGGGCGGGUGUUUCACCGGAAGACAUUUUCGGUGUACCCUUUACAGACGCCAAUUCCUUCUCACGUGAACCGCUCCAUAUGAGCACGGAUUUUAUGGUAUUUGGUCCACAAAAUCACUGUUUGUAUUCAAUCAUUCUCGUUGACUAUACCAUGGAUAUUAUUGAAGAUGACGAGCAGUUAGGUGAGACGUCUGAGCAGGACAGCGAAUUAUCUGACGGAGAGCUUCAAGAUGCAUUCGCAAAGGGAUUGUUAAAGCCUGGGUUGAACUUUACAACACAAGAACCGAAGAAGAUUGUCAACAAUGUGGAGGGUUUGAAACAAUGCCUCGCUGACUUUCGUAAGAACACACUACCCUGGAUAGAGAGGCUGGACAUGGUCAAUCUCCCCGCUGAUGACAUCGUUGCCAAGUCCGAGGGCAGACUCGACAACAAGGCCAGCGAAGACAUCAACCCAGAUGACGACUUCCAGAGAGAGAUGUUCUUUUACCGUCAAGCCCAAGAAGCUGUUCUGGAAGCGAUGCCCCGGCUACUGAAGCUGAAGAUAGCCACCAAGAGACCUGAGGACUACUUUGCAGAGAUGGCCAAGUCAGACCAGCAAAUGCAGAAGAUCAGGAAGAAACUCAUCACGAAGCAGAUCAUGAUGGAGAAGUCGGAAAAGGCCAAGAAACUAAGAGAACAGAGGAAGUAUGGCAAGAAGGUACAAGUAGAGGUUAUUCAGAAGAGACAGAGGGAGAAGAAGGCCAUGAUGUCUUCAGUGAAGAGGUAUCAAAAAGGCAUGACUGACAAACUGGACUUCCUGGAAGGAGAUCAGAAGACUGCUAAAGGAGGCGCUCCAGCUAAAGGAGGUGCAGGGAAAGGGGCCGGUGGCCAAACACCUGAUAAAAAGGCCAUGAACAAGAAAGGGCCCAAUGCUAAGAGGAAGUAUAAAGACCAGAGGUUUGGCUUUGGCGGGAAGAAAAGUGGAACCAAGUGGAACACCAAGGACAGCCACAACGAUGUGUCAGGGUUCAGAGCCAAGGUGGCUCAUGGGAAAGGAGGAAAGGGAGGGAAAGGAGGCAAAGCAGGACCAGGCGGAAGGGGCCCCGUCAAAGGAGGGGCUAAACGACCGGGCAAGAAUGCACGCAAGAAGAUGAAGGGUCGCUCCUAAAGAGGUGUGUGUGUGUUGUCUUCGGUCUUUGCCACAUUGCAUCCCAACUUCUGGAAGGAGGUAAUAUUAGAGAGAAGUCCUCUCUUUCUCUUCUUGAUCACACACACCACCCUUCAUGGAGCCCUUGGGGCAGUGGACUGAUCUGGAGGCCUUUUGUGUGAUGAUUUCCCAAGAUGUCCUUCCUAGAGUAUCACCAAUACCACAAGAUGUCCUUCCUAGAGUAUCACCAAUACCACAAGAUGUCCUUCCUAGAGUAUCACCAAGACUACAAGAUGUCCUUCCUAGAGUAUCACCAAGACUACAAGAUGUCCUUCCUAGAGUAUCACCAAGACUACAAGAUGUCCUUCCUAGAGUGUCACCAAGACUACAAGAUGUCCUUCCUAGAGUAUCACCAAUACCACAAGAUGUCCUUCCUAGAGUAUCACCAAGACUACAAGAUGUCCUUCCUAGAGUAUCACCAAUACCACAAGAUGUCCUUCCUAGAGUAUCACCAAUACCACAAGAUGUCCUUCCUAGAGUAUCACCAAUACCACAAGAUGUCCUUCCUAGAGUAUCACCAAGAUGACAAGCUUUAAAAUGUCUCCAUAUGAAAACCAGACAGAGCUGUACUAAACAUGCCAAAUUCAAUGUUUUUUUUUAAUGGUUUAAACCUCUAACAUGAAUAUGGACAUCAACGGUACAAUGACAUUUUAUUAUCGGCAGUAAAAUAAAUCCAUGUAUCUUUUAAAGGAGAUCUUUAUACUUUGUUGUAAGGCGUCUAUGUUUGUGAAACUAUUUGCUGAAAGUGAAAACAAUGAUGAAGCCACUUCCACAAAUGUAUGUCAUCUAGUUUGAGUAAAUACUUGAUAGAUUUUUGUCAAAUGCACACUUAGCAAGUCUCCUUAUUGACCCCCUGAUUCACUACCUUUAGGGAUGUGACAUUUUCUAAUAUUGAACAGCUGUCGUGUUUGGCCUUUUCCAUGUAUCAAUAUUAUUAAUGUGUAGUGGGCCAAUGUAUUACUUUCUAUAGAUCUGGGUAAAUGUUUCUUCUGCAAACAGGUUGCCGGUAUGACAAUAGUUGGUACAUUUUGGGCAAGAAUAACCCCUUCUCUAGCCUGAGUGCCAGUCUGUGCUAUUAUACCAACUAAUUUCAUGCUGAGGUUUGCUUGACAAUGACUGAUGGAGAUGGCAAGAGCACAAACAGGGACCAGGCUACACCUGCAUCUGUUUAACUUGAAUGAAUGAUUAGUAUGCAGCUUCAUGUUUCUCUGGUGUGGUGUUUGUUAUAAACUGAGUGUUUCAAGCCUUGGAUGCUGAUUGACUGAAAGCCGUGGUAUAUGGUCUGAUAUACCACAAGUGUGACUAUUUAUUUUCACUCUUCUAAUUAUGUUGGUAACUAGUUUAUAAUAGCAUUAAGGCACCUUGGGGGUUUGUGGUACAUGGUCAAUAUACCAUGGCUCCAGGUUGUAUCCAGGCACUCUGCGUUGCACACAAGAACAGCCCUUAGCUGUGGUAUAUUGGCCAUAUACCACACCCCCUUGGGCCUUAUUGCUUAAUUACAGUAGGUCUGCCUGCAACCAGUUACAUUGUAUUUCCUUUGGACAGUAAAGUAUUAUUCUUCAUA